AUGGACGUGGACGUGGACGUGUACAUGGACGUGGACGUGGACGUAGACGUGGAGGAAUUGGACGUGGAGGACUUGGACGUGGACGUGGACGUGGACGUGGACGUGGACAGGGAAGUGGACGUGGACGUGGACGUGGACAUGGACGUGGACGUGGACGUGGACGUGGUCAUGGAUGUGAACAUGGACGUGGACAUGGACGUGGACGUGGACGUGGACGUGGACGUGGACUUGGACUUGGACGUGGACGUGGACAUAGACGUGGACGUGGACGUGGACGUGGACGUGGACUUGGACUUGGACAUGGACGUGGACGUGAACGUGGACGAGGACAUGGACGUAGACGUGGACGUGGACGUGGACGUGGACCUGGACGUGGACGUGGACCUGGACGUGGACGUGGACAUGGACGUGGAUGUGGACGUAGACGUGGACAUUGUCGUGGACGUGGACAUUGUCGUGGACAUGGACAUUGUCGUGGACGUGGACGUGGACGUGGAUGUGGACGUGGUCUUGGACGUGGACGUGGACGUGGACGUGGACGUGGACAUGGACGUUGAUGUGGACAUGGACGUGGACGUGAACGUGGACAUGGACGUGGACAUGGACGUGAACGUGGACGUGGACAUGGACAUGGACGUGGACGUGAACGUGAACAUGGACGUGGACGUGGACAUGGACGUUGAUGUGGACAUGGACGUGAACGUGAACGUGGACAUGGACGUGGACAUGGACGUGAACGUGGACAUGGACGUGGACAUGGACGUGGAUGUGGACGUUGACAUGGACGUGGACGUGGACGUGGACGUGGACGUGGACGUGGACAUGGACGUGGACGUGGACGUGGACGUGGACGUGGACGUGGACGUGGAAUUGGACGUGGACGUGGACGUGGACGUGGACCUGGACGUGGACCUGGACGUGGACGUGGACGUGGACGUGGACCUGGACGUGGACGUGGACGUGGACGUGGACAUGGACGUGGACAUUGUCGUGGACGUGGACAUGGACGUCGACAUGGUCUUGGACGUGGACGUGGAUGUGGACGUGGACGUGGAUGUGGACGUGGUCGUGGUCGUGUACGUGGACGAGGACGUGGACGUGGACGUGGUCGUGGACGUGGACGAGGACGUGGACGUGGACGUGGUUGUGGACGUUGAUGUGGACGUGGACGUGGACGUGGACAUGGACAUGGACGUGGACGUGGACGUGGACGUGGACGUGGACGUGGACAUGGACAUGGACCUGGACGUGGACGUGGACGUGGACGUGGACAUGGACAUGGACCUGGACGUGGACGUGGACGUGGACAUGGACGUGGACAUGGACGUGGACGUGGACGUGGACAUUGUCGACAUGGACGGGGACGUGGACGUGGACAUUGUCGUGGACGUGGACAUUGUCGUGGACGUGGACGUGUUCGUGGAUGUGGACGUGGACGUGGACGUGGACAUGGACAUGGACGUGGACAUGGACGUGGACGUAAACGUGGAGGACAUGGACGUUGACAUGGACGUGGACGUAGACGUGGACGUGGACGUGGACAUGGACAUGGACAUGGACAUGGACGUGGACGUGGACGUGGACGUGGACAUGGACGUGGAGAUGGACGUGGACGUGGACGUGGACAUGAACGUGGAGGUGGACGUGGACGUGGACAUGGACGUGGACAUGGACGUGGACAUGGACGUGGACGUGGACGUGGACGUGGACGUGGACGUGGACAUGGACGUGGACGUGGACAUGGACGUGGACGUGGACGUGGACGUGGACAUGGACGUGGACGUGGAUGUGGACAUGAACGUGGACGUGGACGUGGACGUAGACGUGGACGACUUGGACGUGGACAUGGACGUGGACGUGGACGUAGACGUGGAGGUGGACGUGGACAUGGACGUGGACGUGGACGUGGACAUGGACGUGGACGUGGACGUGGACGUGGAGGACUUGGACGUGGACAUGGACAUGGACGUGGUUGUGGACGUGGACGUGGACGUUGACGUCGACAUGGACGUGGACGUGGACGUGGACGUGGACGUGGACAUGGACGUGGACGUGGACGUGGACGUGGAUAGGGAAGUGGACCUGGACGUGGACGUGGACAUGGACGUGGACAUGGAUGUGGACAUGGACAUGGACGUGGACAUGAAUGUGGACGUGGACGUGGACGUGGACAUGGACGUGGACGUGGACGUGGACGUGGAUGUGGACGUGGUCGUGUACGUGGACGAGGACGUGGACGUGGACGUGGUCGUGGACGUGGACGAGGACGUGGACGUGGACGUGGUCGUGGACGUUGAUGUGGACGUGGACGUGGACGUGGACAUGGACAUGGACAUGGACGUGGACGUGGACGUGGACGUGGACGUGGACGUGGACCUGGACAUGGACCUGGACGUGGACAUGGACGUGGACAUGGACGUGGACAUGGACGUGGACGUGGACGUGGACGUGGACAUUGUCGUGGACGUGGACGAAGACGUGGACCUGGAAGGGUCGUGGACGUGGACGUGGACGUGGACGUGGACAUGGACGGGGACGUGGACGUGGACAAUGUCGUGGACCUGGACAUUGUCGUGGACGUGGACGUGGACGUACGUGGACGUGGACGUGGACAUGGACAUGGACGUGGACGUGGACGUGGACGUGGACAUGGACGUGGAGAUGGACGUGGACGUGGACGUGGACAUGAACGUGGACCUGGACGUGGACGUGGACAUGGACGUGAACAUGGACGUGGACAUGGACGUGGACGUGGACGUGGACAUGGACGUGGACGUGGACGUGGACGUGGAUGACUUGGACGUAGACAUGGACGUGGACGUGGACAUGGAGGUGGAGGUGGACGUGGACAUGGACGUGGACGUGGACGUCGACGUUUACGUCUACGUGGACGUGGAUAUGGACGUGGAUGUGGACGUGGACGUGGACGUGGACGUGGACGUGGAGGACUUGGACGUGGACAUGGACAUGGACGUGGACGUGGACGUGGACGUGGACGUUGACGUGGACAUGGACGUGGACGUGGACGUGGGCGUGGACAUGGACGUGGACGUGGACAUGGACGUGGACGUGGACGUGGAUAGGGAAGUGGACCUGGACGUGGACAUGGACAUGGACGUGGACAUGGAUGUGGACGUAGACAUGGACGUGGACGUUGACGUGGAUGUGCACAUGGACAUUGACAUGGACGUGGACGUGGACGUGGACGUGGACGUGGACAUGGACGUGGACGUGGACGUGUACGUGGACGUGGACGUGGACGUGGACGUGGACGUAGACGUGGAGGACUUGGACGUGGACGUGGAUGUGGACGUGGACGUGGAUGUGGACGUGGACGUGGACGUGGAGGUGGACGUGGACGUGGACGUGGCUGUGGACGUGGACGUGGACGUGGAGGACUUGGACGUGGACAUGGACAUGGACAUGGACGUGGACGUGGACGUGGACGUGGACGUUGACGUGGACAUGGACGUGGACGUGGACGUGGACGUGGACAUGGACAUGGACGUGGACAUGGACGUGGACGCGGACGUGGAUAGGGAAGUGGACCUGGACGUCGACGUGGACAUUGACGUGGACAUGGAUGUGGACGUGGACAUGGAAGUGGACAUGGAUGUGGACGUGGACGUGGACGUGGACGUGGACAUGGACGUGGACGUGGACGUGGACGUGGAUGUGGACGUGAACGUGUACAUAGACGUGGACGUGGACGUGGAUGUGGACGUGGACAUGGACGUAGACGUGGAGGACUUGGACGUGGACGUGGACGUGGACGUGGAUGUGGACGUGGACGUGGAGGUGGAGGUGGACGUGGACGUGGACAUGGACGUGGACGUGGACGUGGACGUGGACAUGGACGUGGACGUGGACGUGGACGUGGACAUGGAUGUGGACGUGGACAUUGUCGUGGACGUGGAUGUGGUCGUGGACGUGGACGUGGACGUGGGCGUGGACGUGGACGACGUGGACGUGGACGUGGACGACGUGGACCUGGACGUGGACGUGGACGUGGACGUGGAAGUGGAGAUGGACGUGGACGUGGACGUGGACGUGGACGUGGACAUUGUCGUGGACGUGGACGAAGACGUGGACCUGGAAGGGUCGGAAGUGGACCUGGACGUGGACGUGGACAUGGACGUGGACAUGGACGUGGACGUGGACAUGGACGUGGACAUGGAUGUGGACGUGGACGUAGACGUGGACGUGGACACGGACGUGGACGUGGACGUGGAAGACUUGGACGUGGACAUGGACGUGGACGUGGAUGUGGACGUGGACGUCGACGUGGAGGUGGACGUGGACCAUGGACAUGGACGUGGACACGUGGACGUGGACGUGGACGUCGACGUGGACAUGGACGUGGACGUGGACGUGUACGUGGACGUGGACGUGGACGUGGACGUGGACAUGGACGUGGACGUGGACGUGUACGUGGACGUGGACGUGGACGUGGACGUGGACGUAGACGUGGAGGACUUGGACGUGGACGUGGACGUGGACGUGGAUGUGGACGUGGACGUGGACGUGGAGGUGGACGUGGACGUGGACAUGGCUGUGGACGUGGACGUGGACGUGGAGGACUUGGACGUGGACAUGGACAUGGACAUGGUCGUAGACGUGGAUGUAGACGUAGACGUGGACGUGGACGUGGACAUGGACGUGGACGUGGACGUGUACGUGGACGUGGACGUGGACGUGGACGUGGACAUGGACGUGGACGUGGACGUGUACGUGGACGUGGACUUGGACGUGGACGUGGAGGACGUGGACGUGGACGUGGACGUGGACGUGGACGUGGAUGUGGACGUGGACGUGGACGUGGAGGUGGACGUGGACGUGGACAUGGCUGUGGACGUGGACGUGGACGUGGAGGAAUUGGACGUCGACAUGGACAUGGACAUGGACGUGGACGUGGACGUGGACGUGGACGUUGACGUGGACAUGGACGUGGACGUGGACGUGGACGUGGACAUGGACAUGGACGUGGACAUGGACGUGGACGCGGACGUGGAUAGGGAAGUGGACCUGGACGUGGACGUGGACAUUGACGUGGACAUGGAUGUGGACGUGGACAUGGAAGUGGACAUGGAUGUGGACGUGGACGUGGACGUGGACGUGGACAUGGACGUGGACGUGGACGUGGACGUGGAUGUGGACGUGAACGUGUACAUAGACGUGGACGUGAACGUGGAUGUGGACGUGGACAUGGACGUAGACGUGGAGGACUUGGACGUGGACGUGGACGUGGACGUGGAUGUGGACGUGGACGUGGAGGUGGAGGUGGACGUGGACGUGGACGUGGACGUGGACGUGGACGUGGACGUGGACAUGGACGUGGACGAGGACGUGGACGUGGACAUGGAUGUGGACGUGGACAUUGUCGUGGACGUGGAUGUGGUCGUGGACGUGGACGUGGACGUGGGCGUGGACGUGGACGACGUGGACGUGGACGUGGACGUGGACGACGUGGACCUGGACGUGGACGUGGACGUGGACGUGGACGUGGAAGUGGAGAUGGACGUGGACGUGGACGUGGACGUGGACGUGGACAUGGACGUGGACGUGGACAUGGACGUGGACGCGUGGUUGUGGACGUGGACGUGGACGUGGACGUGGUCGUGGACUUGGACGUGGACGUGGACGUGGACGUGGACGUGGACAUGGACGUGGACCUGGACGUGGACGUGGAAGUGGACACGUGGACGUGACGUGGAUGUGGACAUUGUCGUGGACCUGGACAAUGUCGUGGACAUGGACGUGGACGUGGUCGUGGACGUGGACGUGGACGUGGUCGUGGACGUGGACGUGGACGUGGACGUGGACGUGGACAUGGACAUGGACGUGGACGUGGACAUGGACGUGGACGUAGACGUGGACGUGGACGUGGACAUGGACAUGGACAUGGACGUGGACGUUGACGUGGACGUGGACGUGGAGGACUUGGACGUGGACAUGGACAUGGACGUGGACGUGGACGUGGACGUUGACGUGGACAUGGACGUGGACGUGGACGUGGACGUGGACAUGGACGUGGACGUGGACAUGGACGUGGACGUGGACGUGGAUAGGGAAGUGGACCUGGACGUGGACGUGGACAUGGACGUGGACAUGGAUGUGGACGUGGACAUGGACGUGGACAUGGAUGUGGACGUGGACGUGGACGUGGACGUGGACAUGGACGUGGACGUGGAUGUGGACAUGGAUGUGCACAUGGACAUUGACAUGGACGUGGACGUGGACGUGGACGUGGACAUGGACGUGGACGUGGACGUGUACGUGGACGUGGACGUGGACGUGGACGUGGAUGUGGACGUGGACGUGGACAUGGAGGUGGACGUGGACGUGGACGUGGACGUGGACAUGGAGGUGGACGUGGACGUGGACGUGGACGUGGACGUGGACAUGGACGUGGACGUGGACAUGGACGUGGACGUGGACGUGGACGUGGACAUGGACCUGAACGUGGACGUGGACGUGGACAUUGUCGUGGACGUGGACGUGGACGUGGACGUGGACGUGGUCGUGUACGUGGACGUGGACGUGGACGUGGACGUGGACGACGUGGACCUGGACGUGGACGUGGACGUGGAAGUGGACGUGGACGUGGACGUGGACGUGGAAGUGGAGAUGGACGUGGACGUGGACGUGGACGUGGACGUGGACAUGGACGUGGACGUGGACAUGGACGUGGACGUGGACAUGGACGUGGACGCGUGGUCGUGGACGUGGACGUGGACGUGGAUGUGGUCGUGGACUUGGACGUGGACGUGGACGUGGACGUGGACGUGGACAUGGACGUGGACCUGGACGUGGACGUGGACGUGGACGUGGACAUGGACGUGGACAUGGACGUGGACGUGGACGUGGAUGUGGACAUUGUCAUGGACGUGGACGAAGACGUGGACGUGGACGUGGUCGUGGACGUGA